UUUUCAGUUUUCAUCCAUGAAAGGGUGAGAUAUACAAGAAACACAGUAGUGAUAAACAAGAAGAACAACAUCAACAAAUUAAUGGCAGAAUAUGGGAGUGGUGGAAUAUCAAUGUCACCAAAUCAUCAAGCUAGAGAGUGUCUUAGUUCUGAAGAAGAUCAAAAUCAAGAUCAUCAAUCUCAUCAUCAUCAUAGCCCUAGAAAUAGUAGAGCUCUCGUCCUUGCUCCUUGCUCUGGUGGUGUUGGAAGUAAUACUGGUGUAACAAAAUCAAUUUACAUGAGCAGAAACCGUGAUGGCAGUGGUGGUGAUGAUGGAGAUAUGCGUAUGAUGCAAAUGAUAACUUCACCAGAAUCAAAUGAUAGUCCUCAAAUGCUUAGUAGAAAACCAAGGGGAAGGCCACCAGGAUCAAAAAACAAACCAAAACCACCUAUUAUAAUCACAAGAGAAGUAAGUCGUGAUGAUUCAAAAGCCAUGCACCCAAUAAUCCUUGAAAUCUCCGCUGGUUCAGAUAUUAUUGAAACAGUUUCUCAGUUUUCUGUUAAACACCAUGUUUGUCUUUCUAUACUAAGUGGUUCUGGUUCUGUAGCUAAUGUGAUUCUUCGUCAUUCUACUUCUACUCAUCAUAAUGCUACUGUUUCUAUACCUGGUUGUUUUGAGAUUCUCUCCUUGUCCGGUAGUUUUAUCUAUCCUCCGGCAUCAACUAAGCCUUCGUCAUCACCGCCUUUUAGUAUUUCUCUUGCAGGUGGACAAGGUCAAGUUGUUGGAGGUAUUAUUGCUGGUCCACUUAUUGCUGCCUCCUCUGUUUUCUUAAUGGCUGCUUCUUUUGUGAACCCAGCUUUUUUUAGGCUUCCAUCAUGUCAGAAUAAUGAAGAUCAUGAUCAUCAAGAUGAGGAGGAGAUCAAUGUUAAACCUAAGAUUGAUCCUAAUACUGGUGCAGUUUUGAGUGGUAAUGGUGGUGAUGAAACUAUUUACAGUGGUUCAACUCAUCAUCUUCCUCGUAUGAGUCAGUUAUUAAAUAGUCAAAUUCCUUCUGAUGUGUUACCUCCUUGGGCACCACCUUCUUCUCGUCCUUAUUGAAGAUCAUGAUUCAUGAUAAAUUAAAACAACUAAUGAGUGACGAAAUACCCUUUUUUAGAUUCCUCUCUAAUUAUUUAGAUUACAUAUUCUGAAUUUUGAUCAUCAUGAUCCAUAUCUCCUAGUUAAGUCACUGCUGUUUUGAAAGCUUUUCCAAGGUUUAGGUGCGGUUUUUCAAGUCCUUAUA